CUGAAGGAGGACUGGGGGGUGCUGCAUGGAGCAGCAGGAGGGAAAAGCCUUGCAAAACAUCUGGAUUCUGGGAAAGUUUUCUUGGAAGGAGAAGCCGCUCUUCAGAGCCGAGUGAAUAAAGGCAACUUUUAAAAGACAGAGGCGGGCCAAGAGAAAUGGAAGGAGAUGGAAGAGCAGGACCCAGAAGGACCUGGAACUCACAAGACAAGAAAGAGCCUCCAUCCCAUCCAACUUGGAAGUGGUGCUGAAUUCUGGGAAUCAUCUGUGCCAGAGAUCUUGGCUAAGGACACCAUGACCUCAGAUGUGCUAUACCAACACUUCCGGCAGUUCCGCUACCAUGAGGCCGAUGGGCCCCGAGAGGUUUGCAGCCAGCUCCAUGGACUCUGCAACCAGUGGCUGAAGCCAGAGAGGCACACCAAGAAUCAGAUCCUGGACCUGGUGAUCCUGGAGCAGUUCCUGACUCUCCUGCCCCAGGAAAUGCAGGGCUGGGUGAGAGGAUGUGGGCCGGAGACCAGUUCCCAGGCGGUGGCCCUGGCCGAAGGUUUCCUCCUGAGUCAGGCAGAGGAGAAGAGGCAGUCAGAACAGAUGUGGGGACCAUCUUUGAAGAUGGAAGCUGCAAUCCCUGAGGCAGAAGGAGCUUCCUUGGAGCCGGGGCAGAGGGGGCAGGUGGUGGAGCGUGCCCAAGAUGCCCUCUCCUGUGGAACUGGCAGUGAAGAGAUGCUGUUGAGCCGUUGUCUUUUCCAAGGUGUGGGAAUAGUCGCUGCACCUCCUAUCCAGACUCCUCCCUUCCUGAGUGAGAUCUCUGAAGAGGAGGGAAUCUUCUUUUUCUUUCCGGGUCCCUUUUCCUUGGAGGAGGUGUCCGUCUCUUUCACGGAGGCAGAGUGGGCCCUGCUGGAUCCGGGACAAAGAGCUCUGUACAGGGAAGUCACGCUGGAGAACUAUGGGAACGUGGCCUCUCUGGCAGAGGAUGAUCAGAGGAAUGAGGAGGGUGAGAAACUUCAUCAGGAAAUGCCGGAUAAAGUUAAAAAUGAAGACUUGAAAGAAAAUGUCAGGAAUCAAAGCAGAAAGAAGAGAAAGAAAGGCGACUGUAUGGUUGAGAAAGGUGAUGGAAGACAGUGUAACAUACAUUUUCCAAAGCGCAGAAAAAUGAAAGCAAGUCAAUCCAUUCAGUGCAAAAACUAUUUCAGAAAUAGAUCACAGCCCCUUCUGCACCAAAGAAUAAAGAGAGAGGAGAAACCUUCUGAAUAUUCAUACACCACACAUAUAUUCAGUCUCAGUGGUCAUCUUCAACAGCAUCAGAGGAUCCACAGAAGGGAGAAGAAUUUUGAAUGCUCAGAGUGUGGAAAGAGAUUUAGUCAGAGUGGCACUCUUCGAAAGCAUCAGAGAACCCACACAGGGGAGAAGCCUUUUGAAUGCUCAGAGUGUGGAAAGAGAUUCAGUCAGAGUGGUAAUCUUCAAAGGCAUCAGAGAACCCACACAGGGGAGAAGCCUUUUGAAUGCUCAGUGUGUGGAAAGAGAUUCAGGGGGAGUGGUAAUCUUCAAAGGCAUCAGAGAAGCCACACAGGGGAGAAGCCUUUUGAAUGCUCAGAGUGUGGAAAGAGAUUCAGUCAGAGUGGCACUCUUCAACAGCAUCAGACAACCCACACAGGGGAGAAACCUUUUGAAUGUUCAGUGUGUGGAAAGAGAUUCAGUAAGAAUGGCCAUCUUCAAAGGCAUCAGAGGACCCACACAGGGGAGAAGCCUUUUAAAUGCUCAGAGUGUGGAAAGAGAUUCAGUCAGAGUGGCGAUCUUCAAAGGCAUCAGAGAAGCCACACAGGGGAGAUGCCUUUUGAAUGCUCAGAGUGUGGAAAGAGAUUCAGUCGCAGUGCCGAUCUUCAAAGGCAUCAGAGGACCCACACAGGGGAGAAACCUUUUGAAUGCUCAGUGUGUGGAAAGAGAUUCAGUGAGAAUGGCCAUCUUCAAAGGCAUCAGAGGACGCACACAGGGGAGAAGCCUUUUCAUUGUUCAGAGUGUGGAAAGAGAUUCAGUCAGAGUGGCGAUCUUCAAAGGCAUCAGAGGACCCACACAGGGGAGAAGCCUUUUGAAUGCUCAGAGUGUGGAAAAAGAUUUAGUCAGAGUGGCAGCCUUCAAACGCAUCAGAGAACCCACACAGGGAGAAAGCGUUUUGGAUGCUCAGAGGGUGGAAAGAGAUUUAGUAGGUGUAGCAGUCUUCAGUAUCAUCAAAGAACCCACACAGGGCAGAAGCCAUUUGAAUGCUCGGAGAAUGCUUAUUAAAUUUGCAGAUGAUAUGAAAUUGGGAGGGGUUGCAAACACAGAAGAAGACAGAAACAGGAUACAGGAUGACCCUGACAGGCUGGAAAACUGGGCUAAAAUCGAUAAAAUGAAUUUUAACAGGGAUAAA